UGAUUAGAAGGAUGUCUCAAGGUAGAGAUGCUCAGAUUAUUGCAUGUACUACAUGUACCUACAUAUGAAGGUAGAAUCAUUAAAACACUGAUUUGAAGACCCAUAAGAAAUGUUAAUAUACUACGUAAAUUGUUUUGUUUGUCGUAUAGUUACAGAAUAUUAUCAUUAAUUAAUUUAGGUACCUUUAUGUACCUAACAUCCCUUUCAAACGACCGUUUUUUUGUUUUAGUUUUUUACUCGCGCUGCCAACCAUUUCGGCAACAUGGUUUGAAACUUUGCUAUAUUUAAUCGUCCGGCCGAUAACCUAUAUUUGACAGCUUCGAUAGUACUUUAUAAAUAUCGCAUUAAGUUCCAGCUCUAGCCUCAGCUAUUUGUAUCAUCACUAGCACUUUUUGCAAAAAAAAAAAUACGCACGUUCCGUGUGAAAUCAAUACGAAAUCAACAAGAGCCAUCGAUUUUGAGCAGCCGUCCUAUUCAGAGAGCAGCGCGCAUUAAACUCCAGCGCGCCAAUUAAACCAGCUGCCCAAUUCACAAGCCAUUUUUGUGAGGUGGAAAAUUUCGCAGAUAGAAAAUUUUGCGCGUCUGUCUGUCUGCAUCUCUUAGCGUGCGUGUGUGUCUGUGUGUGUGUGUAUAGCACAGCCUACAUUGUCAAUUAACUGGGGAAGAAAAAAGACGCUAGUGCUCCUGCUUUGCUUCUUUGUCCUCCUAAAAACCAGCCAAAAUGUCUAGCCUGCGACCCGAGGAGCCCCGAAAACUGGCUACCGCCGCCUCAGUAUCUCCGCUAAGCAAUUGCCAAUUCAGUGGCGUGGUAAUCAGCGCAAUUGCUGACGAGCAGAAGCUGGAGUUUGCCAAUAAAUACAAGGGCAGCUGUACUCUGCUCUGCAGUUACGAUUCCCAGGGAGUGGUGCUCCGUGUUGUGGCAGAUGAAGACCGAAGCCACGUGCUCAAGGAGUAUAUGAUAGCCGCCGAUACGGAUGCGGCCCAAAUGGGACGUCGCAGCUAUGCCGUCUCCCUGGACGCGGAUAACCUUGUGCUGAGGUUCGCCAGCGACCAGGAUCAGCAGCUCUUCCGCAAGGUGGUAGAAAACGUUAAGCACUUACGGCCCAAGUCUGUGUUCUCGCAGCGCACUGAGGAGUCAUCCGCCUCGCAGUACUUCCAGUUUUAUGGCUACCUCAGCCAGCAGCAAAACAUGAUGCAGGACUACGUAAGAACAAGCACCUACCAGCGGGCAAUUCUGGGCAAUGCUGUGGAUUUCCAAGACAAGAUAGUCCUGGAUGUUGGCGCUGGUUCAGGUAUUUUAUCCUUCUUUGCCGUUCAGGCGGGAGCAGCUAAGGUGUACGCCAUUGAGGCUUCCAACAUGGCUCAGUAUGCCCAACAGCUGGUUGAGUCUAACAAUGUGCAGCACAAGAUCUCUGUGAUACCGGGCAAGAUCGAAGAGAUCGAGUUGCCCGAAAAGGUUGACGUGAUCAUAUCGGAGCCCAUGGGCUAUAUGUUGUACAACGAACGCAUGCUGGAGACAUAUCUGCACGCAAGGAAAUGGCUGAAGCCGCACGGCAAAAUGUAUCCUACGCACGGCGACCUGCACAUCGCACCCUUUUCAGAUGAAUCGCUUUAUUCGGAACAAUACAAUAAAGCCAAUUUCUGGUAUCAAUCUGCGUUCCACGGCGUCGACUUAACAACGUUGCACAAGGAGGGAAUGAAGGAAUACUUCCGCCAGCCCAUUGUGGACACCUUCGACAUACGCAUCUGCAUGGCUAAAUCAGUACGGCACGUGUGCGACUUUCUCAACGACAAGGAAGACGACCUGCACUUAAUUGACAUCCCUCUGGAGUUCCACAUCCUGCAGACUGGUAUCUGCCACGGUCUUGCCUUUUGGUUUGACGUGGAGUUCAGUGGUAGUAGUCAAAACGUGUGGCUUUCCACGUCUCCCACCGCACCGCUUACGCAUUGGUAUCAGGUGCGCUGCCUGCUGCCCAUGCCAAUCUUUAUCAAGCAGGGCCAGACGUUGACCGGCCGGGUCCUGCUAGAGGCCAACAGGCGGCAGUCGUACGACGUGACUAUCGAUCUGCACAUCGAGGGCACUCUGAUCUCGUCAAGCAACACCUUGGACCUGAAGAAUCCGUAUUUUCGGUACACGGGGGCGCCGGUCCAGGCGCCGCCGGGGACUAGUACCCAGAGUCCAUCUGAACAAUACUGGACGCAAGUGGACUCGCAAGGAUCACGCAAUUCUUCUAGUAUGCUAAAUGGCGGACUCAGCGUGAAUGGGAUUGGCGAUGGCAUGGACAUCACCCACGGACUCAUGCAUCCGCAUUAGAGCGGCUGCUGAAUCGAAUAACAAUACAUUUGUCUGGGAAUUCUCUUUGCUCUAAGUCUGCUCAGCUUCAACAAUUGGUUCUAUUUUUAUCAGUUUUUGUUUUGUUACAGUUUAUAUUUUAGGUUAUUUAUUGAACAGUGUAAAUUAUUUCGUCUAUUCUCGAAAAUUAGUUUCGUUUUAUGUUCUGCACACCUUUUUACCGGCAGUCCUAUUUAUCUUUCCUAAUUUUAAAACUUCCAAUCUUUUUUAAUUAACCCUUUUAUGUUUGAUCGGACGGAUCGCAGAAAACCCAGCAUCCCAGCAAGCAACCAACAAACAAUCAACAAAUCAAGGCAGACUAAUGUAGUUGUUUAGAACACGCAGCAUAUUAAUAAGCCUAAGCUAAUUUUAGCCCAUAGUAAUUAGUGUUUUUAACGUAUGUGAAUUGUAAUACCGAUAUUUAACCCAUGCGGGACUGCGCUUCAGGAAGUUUCUUAGUUAAUAUGCCGAUUGCCAAUUGUAGUUUUUGCCGAAAGCUUUGAACAAACCAACAAAUUCAGAUUGUACUGUAUCUAUAACGUGUGUUAUUAUAUUAUUAUAUAUUGUGUGUACCUCCAGUUAGUUUCAAUUUGUGUACUUGUCGGCCGUGUUUAUAUUUAGUUCGUUUCAAAAUGUAAGAAAUUGCUCAUAGGAUUUAGUGCUAAGUUACAAUACAAUACUAAAGGCCGACCCGAGUCGAGAGAUUAUACAUAUACCCGCAUACGAUUACAAUUAAUUCAGUUCUGGAGGAACGCCUCGUUUGGUUCUAAGUUUCGCAUCUAGCCCAGAUCCUGUCAUAGAUCUUACUAUAUCGCUGCCAGCAAGCCGAGCGCUAUAUAAGCAUAUACACCUAGAUAUAGACGUAGCAUAUGCAAACCCAAACACACACACAUAGAAAUCCCGUCAUUCUCGCGUUCGAUAGACUCGCAUCCUGUAUGCGGACUGUACUUUAUAAAGCAGAAAAAAUAAAAAAAAGAACACACUCCA